CCUCAUGCGUCGCUAUUCGCUAACACUACGCUUACGUGUUACCUUGGAAGCAAGCUAGCUCAUCCAUGGCGGACAUACGGUGCGACCAGCCCAAGAUGACGCCGAGCCCGUCGUCCCUAAGGAUCUUCGGCUACGACGUGCCCGGCGGCGCCACCGACGCCGUGCUGACUCCGCCGCCGACACCACGGGCCGACGCGCGGAGGUUCGGGUGCCAGUACUGCUCUCGCGAGUUCGCCAACUCGCAGGCGCUGGGCGGGCAUCAGAACGCACACAAAAAGGAGCGGCAGCAGCACAAGCGCGCGCGCCUGCACGUCGACGCCAGGAUGAGCUACUUCGCGCCACCGCCAGGGCACCUGAUCGCCGUGGGACACGCGGGGUCGGCGGCCUACACGCGGGAGCGGGACGCCUUCCACCGAUGGGUCUACCUCGCGCACCAGUCAACGGCGGGCCUGCCGUUCCAUGCUCUGCCAGCCGGAGGCGGGUGCCACGCCGAGCCGCGGCUGCUCCAGGACCCAAGGGACUGCGGCAGCGCCGCCGUCAGCACCGGCAGUGGUGCUCGUGCCUGCUCUCCAGCGGAUGACAGCACCGAGGAAGCGUCGGCGAUGGGGCUCGACCUCGAUCUCAGCCUUGCUCCGGCCACUUCAUCGUGAAAUUGGAUAAAUCCAUCCUCACAUGGCUGAGUUUAACCAUGUAAUGCAACAAGUUGUCAAGUCCCAUCUUCCAAGGCUUAAGACCAUGUCACUUCUUUUCUUCUCUUCGGAAUCGUAUUACUCGUUGUCCAUUCA